CAGCCCCCCCCUCUCCUGGUACAGUGAGUCGCACAGAGCUCCCUCUCUGAUACCAAGGAGGCCCAUUGUGUCCCCAUUGCCCACACAACCGGGAUCCCAGGGAGCUGUCCGGGAGCUGGAGCUGGGACCAUGCCGGUGGAGGGGGCCCCCCUGAGAGAUGCCAGGGGCCAACAUGAAGCAGGUCCAUCUCCAGUUGCUUCAACAGCAUCAACUCCCAGCGGUGAUUCGGGGACACCCAAAGCAUUAAGUCCACUGAAGGAAUCUCCCCUAACGAGUCCAGAGUGUGAAGUGGAUGUAGCACUUGUGUCAAGAUUCCUGCAAACCAAGGAAAGUGACCGUCCUCAGCCAGAAGGAGCAAGUAGCGAAGCUGGGGCCACCACUGCUAGUCUCCCUCUGGAUUCUAAAGCUUCCAGUGAUUCUGGAAUUGGGGAGCAAGUGUCUAGUGAAACCCAGAAAAUAAGAGAAAGAGCUGAAACGCUGAGUCCUGAUGCACUUGACACUAGAAUUGUUAUGGGAGAAGAAACAUCCUGUAGCAACAAUGAAACAGGCAGUGUAGAUAGCCUAAUUUCCAAGAGUGAGCCUCCCGCUGUGGAUGCAUUUGGGGGAACAUCAGUGCCCAUAUCCGAUCCCAAAGCUGAGACAUCAGAGGGGAAUUUUGAGCAGGAGAGUAACAGAGAUGUCACUACUUCUGAGUCUUCUGCCGAUUUGCACUUGGAAUAUAAAAAGUCUAAUAAAGAGCCUACUCUGAAAGAAAGCGUUUUUUCUCAGGGUGAAGCAGUUGAUGAUGUGCCUUCAUUACUUCCCAAACCCACCAAAGAGUCACCCUGGAAUUACACAGAGAGCGAGGCCGAAACAUUUCAGAACAAGCAUGCAUUUAAUAUGGACUCAGAUCUAUAUACAACCGCCCCUUCGACUCCAGUAAAAACCAUCUACAGACAUCUAAAGUAUCGUGGCAUUAGUGAUGACCAGAAUGACAUGGACAAUGACAACUUGUCUUCACCUCCCACAUCCCCAUCUGGCUCCUAUAUGACAGCAGAAGGAGGCAGCUGGGCUUCCUCUGCCACUUCUAGUGGAUCUCCAUCCUGUUCCCCAAAUUUGAUGGCUGAGGCAGACACAAUAGAAACUCCCAGUUUGUAUGUAGAUCCUCUGAAUGAUGAUGAAGAAGGUAUUUGCAUAGAUCCAUGUUGCAUGUCCCCUGACAUGUUAGUGGAUGAAGAAAUAUCAGAUCUCUACAAUAGAGAUAUUCAUCCAGAAGACUUCUCUGCAGUCAACGAGGAGGCCGUGGAUGAGGAUCAAAGCAAUGAUGAGUUGAGUGAUGAAGAGGAAUAUGAAGAUGAAGAUGAAUGGGAAACUGACUUUGCACCAUCUUUCACUAGUAUGCCUCUUUGUCCUGGAUAUGUUAAUACCACAGCUUCAUUGGCCUUUUCCCCUGAAGAUUUUGAAUCUGAACCCCAACAAGCAUCCAGUGCAAGCUGCUCUUCAGAAAUGGAUGGGACCCUUCAGCCAACAAGCUCUGAUGGACUACAUCCUGAGUUACCUCUUGCCAGCCUUCAAAGUGCCGCAAAUGAUCCUAUGAUUCCUGCUUUCAUGUUGCCAUUCCAGGGAAGUUUGAUAUUUGAAGCUGAAUCAAUGGAAAUCACUUUGUUCCCUCAAGGAGAAUCAAUAGAGACUGAGGUGAUCGAUGGAGAGGAAGAUGAUGACAGCACCUCUGCCUCCCUCUUACAUUCUCUGUCUGAGAAUUCCAUCAAUGAAGGAGUCGAUGAGUCCUUUGCUUACCAAGACGACACAUCUGAAUCAUCAGAUUCUGCAUCAUAUGAUGGAGAAGAAGAUGAGAAACGGUAUAGCACAGAACAAUAUGCUGUGACAACGGAUUCUCCUCCUCAUGUCGCCGAGGCUCCCACAGUGAUCCAGCAUCAAUCAUCCAAUUCCGGGUGUGAGAGUGAGAUGGAGACAUCUUCAGAACUAUCUGAUGCUGAAAAUGAAGGUGCCGUGAACAUAAAUGGCCCAGAACUGGCAGCGAGAGGGGAAAGCGCUUCAUGUCAAGCGAAUCCCAUCUUCAAAAAUCUAGAUAAAACUGUUAAUAACCAUGAAAACCAAGGAACAAAUCUUGAUGAAGAAUGUCAAGACGAUGAUGGAUUACCAAUUUUAGCUCAAGACUUUCUAUUAGCAAGUAGUAACAUGCCAGGUACCAACCAAGACAGCUCAGGUGAACUAGAGUAUUCCAUCACCAGCAAUAACCCUGAUGAAGAAACAAACACAAAACAUAUAAGAAGUACCCUGGUUCUGACAUCCGAAGGACAGGGUGAAUCACUGUUUGUAAGUCCCUCUGGUUCAGAUAGAUUAGAAGAUGGGGCAAUUGGCUCAUGGUCUGAUAGCCCAGUAGAAGAACAAUCUUCAUCCUCAGAACUAGAUGUAGUCCUUCAGGGUGGGAUAGAUAAUGUUGGUGAAUGUUUAAUUGCUUGUUUUGACACAGAUGAAGAACUUGACACUUUGCCACCACUCAACACCACAGCAGAAAGCUUAAUAGAACACAGUAAAGAUCACAAACAAAGUGGAAGACAGACAUCCAUGGCCAUCGAGAUGACUGAUGAUGUGUAUGACUUCCCAGCUCAGGCUGAAGAUUUAGGACAAUCCGAGAAGUCUGAUUCAAGCAGCAGGAACGAUGUGUCAGAAUCCCUCAAGGACGAUAAGAUAAAUGCACCUUAUAUUCUGGAGGCGGGUAACUUUGGAAGCUAUCGUACAGAUUUGCUAAUGACUGACAAAGAAACAAAAGAACCAGAAUCAGAAUCCAGUUUAAAAGAAGACAUCAAGGAGGAUGUGGCUGAGGGGGAGUGCUUGUUUGCUUGCUAUGAGUCUGAAGAUGAUCUUGAUGAUGGAAUUGAUCGACAGUCAGUCCUUGCUCAGUUCUACAAACAGCAGGAGGAAGCAGCUUCCAGUUUCGUUAUAAAUGAAUUGACAUGUGGAACUGAAUCAAGCCUCUCUGCAGGAAUUCUGGAAAAUACUGAGUUACUGAAAAUGGAUACAUGUCUUGAAGACAGUGAUGCAGAGGCAAAUAACAUAGCCGAUCGCAAUCAGAAUGCUGGUUCACCAAGUAUACAUGAGAACGAGGAGGAACAUGAAGCUUCAUCAAUGACUUCAGCUUUUAUUAAGAGCAAUCUGACCAACACUAUCAUUAUUAGUCAUAAGGUGGAAGAUACUUCAAAAGACGACAUACACAACACAGAAAACAAAACACUAGAAACAGAUGCUUCUAAAAUACUGGAUUCAGACGGUGACACUAAUUUACAGGUGGAAUCACAAGAAACUGAAUCAGCCACUCGACCUACUUAUGGUCAUAAAUCGUUCAGUGUACUUCCAACAAAUAUAGACACAUGCCAAGAAAAAGCAAAGUACAAAGACUUUUGCAAAGAUGAUUUGUUGAAUAAAAAAAAAGAAAUCACAAGUGCAGAUCAUAUGCCAGACCACACGCAAGACACAAAUUGUGCAAAUAAUGAAUUAACUGCCAGUAAGAAUGAGCCUCAAGAGAUGAUGAAAAUGGAAGAUUGUAACCAGCAUGUUUUUAAAGAGCCACCAGAUCGAGAGCAAGGAAACAGCCUGGACCCUCUUUCAGGGAAAAAAUCAAUUCAUAAACUGGAUGUUGGACCUGUUUUACAGCCGUGCAAUACCGCCUUCAUUGCAGCAGAAGCAGGUCCUCUAGAUGAAUGUGUUCUAGAGCUAGAAGAGCAUGGCAAUGAUGAAGCACUUGAGAUAUCACCUGUGAAAAAUCAAAAAGAAGCUGAAGAUCCAAACAUUUGUGACCAAACAAGAAUUGGAAUUGACAUAUCGUCACAUGAAAGUGGAGACCCCAGUGUACCUGUAAUUCCUAAUGCUCACCAGGCAGAUGAGACGGAUUCAAACACCACCAAGGAAUCUGUAAGUAAGGAGGUUCUUUCCAAUUCUUCAACUGCUAUAGUAUCUUCUUUGAUUGGAACUACGGAGGAGAGAAACGUUUCAGUGCAGGAUGAGUGCACAGAAAAGAUUUCACUGCCCCCUGUUAGUACCCCUAGCAAAGACUGUAUAGAUGAAAGUGGAAUUAUUCUUACAAAUAAUGCAGACAAUGAUUUUAACCGUCAGACAUGCGGGAUCCAUGAAGUGGCAGAAGAUCAGGACUUAGUGACAUUGCUAUCAGGUAACAUUGGGAAUUUGGGAGAUACUAAUAAACAAGUAGAGGAGGCAUUAUGUUCAACUCCAAAAGCAGUUGAGGAGCAGAUAUCCAGUUUAGAAGCUGUUCCAAUGACUUUAUGCACAGGCCCACCUUCUUGUAUAAAUAGUCUAAGAAGGGAAGAGUCCACUCCUCAUGAUAACUUGAUUCAAGAUGUCAGGCAAGAUCUUUCCAGUGCCUUUUUAGAAACAAAUUUAAGAAUGACAAGCCAGCCUGAUAUAUCCAGUGAUGCCCAAGAAAUGUGUAGGCUACUGCAAGGUUCCUUUGGUAAAUUGGAGGCCUUGGACCUUAGUAUGCGCUCUUGCUCUUCAGAAGCCAGCCUGUCCAAAUCCAUCUGUAACACCACCAAGGUCAAAGGUGAAGGGAGGCAAGUUUCUGAUUUAGCUGGUGAUGUUAAGGAAAAGCCAAAUGGGGAAGAAGAUCCUAACUGUGAAAUGUUCGGCCAGGCUUUUGCACUGGAGACGUGUUGUGAAGCAACCGUAGUGGAUACUGGCCCAAAAAAUAAGUUAUGUGAGAAAACACACUGUGAGAUUGCCACCACAGCAGCAACCAAUUUAGAGAAGAAAGACGUAAUUCCCUCUAAUGAAUUUCUUGCACACAAGAACAAAGUGGACGGCAAGAGUGAGAUGGGAAAAAGUUUUAAUCUGGAGUUAGAGGACGUGUGUGAUCAGUCACCACAGUGGCAACGAGAAAUACAAAUUGAAGUGUCUAGUAUUGCAGAAGAUAUCAAACCUAACAAAGAUUCAAGCAUUGAGUCGUCUAAAGAGAUGCAAUCACCUCAUUUUCUGACUGAGACCCAAGAGGAGACUGUACGAUCUCCAACACAGCACCCUAAUACGAUGGUGGACUCUGAAAGAGGGAUUCCCCCACAGGGCCCAUUGCAGAAUGGAGCUGCAUUAUCCCCGACCCUCUGUGCUCCAGAUAAUGGGAAUGUUGAUGGCUAUCCCUGCUCCGGGCUCAGUAAAGUGCCUCCAUCAUAUCUUUGCCCAAUGCAGGAUGUCGGCUCCAAGGAUGAAAGGGAAAUCAAAAUGGCUGUUUCAGAGGAUAUUUCUAGAAAUUCCAAGAGCCCUCCGACAGCUGAUGCAAGUUCCAAACCCACCAAACUGAGCACAGAGACCCCAGAAUGCAGCACGUCACAAGGGGUGCCACAGUCGUCAUCCAUGGAGGACCAGACAGAUAGGAAACGAGCCCCUCAGUCUGAUCCUAGCUCCUCCAGUGAGAGUGAACUCACCUCCCAGGGACCGGAGAUGCACCUACUCAGGGAAACGCCUGCAGUCACCCUACUUGGCAUCAACAAGCCCCUACUGGGGCAGCGAGGCUGUGAAAUACUGAGUCACAGAGGUUCCUGUAACGACUCCGAGAGCAACGAUGAAUCUCUACCUGAGUUAGAAGAGCCUGAUUUGACUGAACCGAGGACAACAGCGAGUCAGAACCAGCUGGCACACUGUGCGGGAUCUGGCGAGGAAUCGAUCAGCAAAUCCAAACAAAGUCGCAGCGAGAAGAAAGCACGGAAGGCGAUGUCCAAACUUGGCCUGCGGCAGAUACAUGGUGUCACCAGGAUCACCAUUCGGAAAUCCAAAAACAUCUUGUUUGUUAUCACAAAGCCCGACGUGUUCAAAAGCCCGGCAUCAGACAUCUACAUUGUGUUCGGAGAAGCCAAGAUUGAAGAUCUGUCCCAACAAGUCCACAAAGCGGCGGCCGAGAAGUUUAAAGUCCCCAUGGAACACUCCCCGCUGAUCACAGAAGCAGCGCCCACCCUGACCAUCAAGGAGGAGAGUGGGGAAGAGGAGGAGGUGGACGAGACUGGGUUGGAGGUGCGUGACAUUGAACUAGUAAUGGCGCAGGCCAAUGUAUCCCGCGCGAAGGCCGUGCGAGCGCUGAGACACAACAAUAAUGAUAUUGUGAACGCUAUUAUGGAAUUAACGAUGUAGCUGCUGAUCCAACUGAAAGCGUCUCCGCUCUGUAAAGAUGCACAGUUACCCCCAAGGUACCGCUCUGUAUUAGACCUGCAUAUAUUCCUACUAAAUCACACCUUUAAUGCUGCUCAAUAAAACCUGCCUGAAAAACA